AUGGUGAGUUUUCAAGCCUCACUUCCAAGCGUGGUCUGUGCUAUGGCAGCAACCUACAGGCUCAUGGUCACUUCUGUGAACUGCUACAGCAGUGUGGUGAUAGAGCAGCACUUCCAGCACACUGUGCACUACUGCACGGGCACUUGCCAAGUGUUCAAGCGAGGUGUGACGUGCAUAGUUGCCCACCACAGUGUCUGUGCAGAGCUCAGUGUCCCAGAUGCCAACCUAGACCCUAAAACUCCUGUUCCUGAAAAUGGACUUACCUUGCCUGGAAAUGGGGACUAUCACCAAAUCUUCCCAAAUAGUCCGAGAAUCAAAAAGGGCUCUUCAGUGCAAGCCUCCAGCAGUUUGAAAGACAUUACUGGUGAGGCAAUAAACCUUGCCAGUGGUAAAACAAAGGAAUUCUCCUUUGAGAAGCUCAAAAACUCCUCCAGUCAUGUGGCUUACAGAAAGGGAAGGAAAGUUCGGUCGGAAUCUUUCAGCAGACGAUCCUUCGAUUUUGACUUGAUUUAUGGACACUUCAACAAUGAUGAGAACUGCCCUCCGUGUGGCUUUUUGCAGAGUCCCUCACCUGUGGAGAAAUGGCAGGAGAGCAAUGAUGCUCCAGAAGUCACCAUGAAUCCCCUGGUUCCCUUCUCCCCUCAUUCCUUCUCUGAAGAAAACUUCAUUACCCAGAUUUUGGAAAAGCACAAGCUAGACGGUGGUUCUGGUGGGGAUAUUAAGGUGUGCUUGGACAUCUUGCUCAAGUGCUCAGAGGAUCUGAAGAAGUGCACAGAUAUCAUAAAACAUUGCAUCAAAAAGAAGUCUGCAGACAGCGUUAGUGGGGGGAACAGCAAUGAUCCCCUGGCUAGUUCUGAAAUGAUCUACAUGAACCUGAUGACAAGAUUUUCCUCCUACCUGAAGAAGCUUCCCCUGGAGCUGAAGCCACUGGGGCAGAAGGAAGUGAGUGACUGGGCAGAACUCCUGAACUGCUUUCAUGGCUUGCAGCAAACUCCCUUUCCCCCAGUGUUUGGCGAUGAGCAGCCACCCAGGUACGAGGACAUUAUGCAGCUGCCAUCCUCAAGUGCAGUUCCUCUUGCACUGCCAGGGGAUCAGUGUGAGGAGACAAGUGCCUCUCAGUCCAUGCAAACAGGUACCGUGAGCUUCACCUCAAGCUCCCUCCCCAGCAUCCCCCAGGAGGGCAGUGGGAGAGCUGUGCAAGGUGCUCUACCUCAGUUCCCAGCCACAAGCCCCUCUGACUGCACAGCUUCCAUCGAGGCACUGUACAUUGAGGAGGAGUCUGAUGGGGAAAGAGCAGUAGGGAAGGGAAAGCAGGUGGAGCAGAAUGGGGUCUGGGAGAGUUUGGGGCACAGCUGCCAGCGAGCUGGCUCUUCAGAUGUGAAAGCAGAGUGUGCCAGAGUGGGAGAUGCUGAGCUCUCCCAAACGUCCGAGAAACUGACUCCAUUAAAGCCAGGUUCGGAUUCUGUGUUGUGUGGGGCCCAAGCUGGUGUCUCCAGAGGAGACCAGACAUGCAGUAAGGUGGACAAGGAGGAGAUAGACAAACUGCUGCUGGACUUGGAGUGCUUCUCACAGAAAAUGGAGAGUACCUUGAGGGAGCCCUCUGGGAAGGAGGUGUUUGGCAGGCAGGGGAAGCAGGUUCUACCUCUGGCUCCUGAACCCAAAAGCAAACCUGCUGACCCCACCUCUUUGUCAAAUAUCAUGGAAACCAAUGGUCACAAGAUGGAGGAGGAUGACAAAGCCCUUUUACUGCGCAUCCUGGGAAGCAUCGAGGACUUUGCCCAGGAGCUGGUGGAAUUCCAGACAGGCAAGGGGAGCUUGUCCAAGGAGAGGGAAGUGAUGCAGAUUCUUCAGGAAACUUUAGCAGCUCCUUCGCAGUCCCUCCCUGCAGGGCAAAAAAGCCAUGCUGGGGCUGCCUCCAAGGACUCUGUUCCAGCUUCAAUUCAACAGGCCCCAGAAGUCAUUAAGGUUCAAAGCAAACAAGAGAAGAAGCCUGGAAGUUCCUCCCCAGCCUCUCGAAACCCUGCGGUUAGCCCUUGCACUCUCCUGCCUGUGAAUAAAGCUGCCAGCAGUACCCCCUUGUCCAUCAACAUUCCACGUUUCUACUUCCCUAAAGGACUUCCCAGUGUCUGCACUAAUCAUGAAGAAAUCAUUGCCAGGAUUGAAGAAGCCUUUAGAGAGUUUGAAGCUGAGAAAGCAAACAUAUGUGAAAUGGGGAAAAUUGCUAAGAUCUGUGGCUGCCCACUCUACUGGAAAGCACCUCUGUUCAGUGCCUCAGGAGGAGAGGGGACAGGAUGUGUAUCUGUGCAAUCCUUUGUGUCCAUGUGGAGAAAAAUCCUGCGGAACUGCCACGACGAUGUGUCCAGGUUCAUGUCCCUCCUGGCCAAGCCUGGCUGUGACUACCUGCAGCAGGAAGACUUCAUCCCACUGCUCCAGGAUGUGGUGGAAACACAUCCUGGCCUGACGUUCCUGAAGGAUGCUCCGGAGUUCCACUCGCGGUACAUUACAACGGUUAUACAGAGAAUAUUCUACACAGUCAAUCGAUCCUGGUCUGGGAAGAUCACUCUAACAGAGCUGAGGAAAAGCAACUUCUUGCAAACUCUUGCUCUCUUGGAAGAAGAGGAUGACAUAAAUCAGAUCACAGAUUAUUUCUCCUACGAGCACUUCUAUGUAAUAUACUGUAAAUUCUGGGAGCUGGACACUGAUCAUGAUCUUUACAUCAGCCAGAAGGAUCUGGCUAGGUACAGUGAUCAAGCUUUAUCAAACAGGAUCAUUGAGCGAAUAUUCAGUGGCGCCGUGGUGAGAGGCACUGAAGUGCAAAAGGAAGGUCGCAUGAGUUACGCUGAUUUCGUGUGGCUCCUGAUUUCAGAGGAAGACAAAAGGAGUGCUACAAGCAUUGAGUACUGGUUCCGGUGCAUGGACCUGGAUGGGGAUGGAGUGCUGUCCAUGUACGAGCUGGAGUACUUCUACGAGGAGCAGUGUGAGCGGAUGGAGGUGAUGGGCAUAGAGCCACUGCCAUUCCAGGACUUGCUGUGUCAGAUGCUUGAUCUUGUUAAGCCAGAGAGGGAAGGAAGAGUAACCCUGCGAGACCUGAAGAGGUGCAGAAUGGCUCAUGUGUUCUACAACACCUUCUUCAAUUUAGAGAAGUACCUGGACAAUGAACAGAGAGAUCCCUUUGCAAUGCAGAAGGACCUCGACAGCGACGGCCCUGAGCCCUCGGAGUGGGACAGAUAUGCAGCUGAGGAGUAUGAGAUCCUGGUGGCCGAGGAGUCUGGGAAUGAGCAGCUGCAGGAAGGGUAA